AGCUACUCCACCACAGCACUACUGGUUCAAUUUGCUCUGCAACUUGCCCAUAAAUACACUCUCUCCAAUCCAAAAUUCUCCAUUAUUUUCUCUCAUUUUCUUGACCAUUUUCUUCCCACCCAAACGGCGCGCACUUCAAGGAUCUCCAUUUCCUUCAAAAAAGUUAUCAAUUCAUUUCCAAAUAUUCUCUCAUUUUCCUUCACUUUCUCUCCAUCCAAACAUGAUUUCCUCCUCCAAAUCUCCCCUCCUAACUCCUCCUUUUCACAAAUUCUACAGUACUAAGCACAUCUCCUCAUCAACCUUAAAAUUAAAUAAUAAAAAUAACAAUAAAGAGAAUAAUUAUAAUACUAAAUCUAUAAGCGCUCGACAGGAAACUGAUAAGAUGGUCAUUUCAAUUUCUUCCAAAAGCGCUCCGCCUGUUCAAUUAUCAAAUAGUAAUAAUAAUUAUAGCAAUGUUUCAGUUUCUUGUGUGGGGACCACAAUUACACCACCAUCGCCGCCUCCAUUACCGCCGAUAACCGCCGAUUUCGAGAUAUCCAGGCUAAACCGGCUGGUAUCCGAAUUCGAGUGUUUAACCGAACCGAUAGACCGAGUUAAACGCCUUCUAGACUACGCGGCGCGGCUUCCUCCGUUUCCCGAGUCAGCUAGGUUACCGGAGAACCGAGUGACGGGGUGCACGACUCAGGUGUGGUUAGAGGCGAGAAUUGACGAGAACGGGAGAAUGAGAUUUAGAGGAGACAGUGAUUCGGAGAUAACGAAAGGUUUUAUAUCGUGUUUGAUUUGGUUGCUGGACGGACUUGAAGCGGAGGAUGUUCUCGCCGUGAAAGCGGCGGAUUUAGCGGCGAUGAAUGUAGGGAUUUAUGGUAAAGCUCAGUCGAGGAUUAAUACUUGGAAUAAUGUAUUGAUUAGCAUGCAGAAUAGGACUAAGAGUUUGACUGCAGAUUGUAAAAGAAGAACCGCUAAAUCUCAGAUGGAUUCUCUUAGCACUUUACUAGAAGUCUGUCACAAACUUCUCGACAAAGAAAAUUUUCUUUCAUAGCUUGUGGCUGCAGAAUUGACCUCUUAUACAGUAAUUGGGAAAUUGUAUGCAAGCAUGGGAUGGGUGCAAGAAGAUGGAUCGAUUUCAGGUUAGUUUCUUCAGAAGCAAGCACAUCUCAUUUUCUUUUACGCUUAAACACACAAAUUGUAUUGUUCAGCUUUAUAGCUCUCACAGAUUCUUAGGAUUUAAUUUUGCAGUUAACAUAAUGAUUACCUGAUAAACUUACUUAUCGACAAGAUCCCGCGGCAAUGCUAACCAAUCCUUUAACAAGCUAAGCCAAACUGAGCUCCGAGUCAGUAUGAUAUCGGUAAAAAUCGCUUGUUCAGGAGAAAUAGAACCAUUUUUCACAUGUAUGUGUUCUCAUAGCUACUACUUCAGGAUUCUAUUUUCUUGAACAUGCAUAGUUUGAUAAAAUUAUUCUUUUUGUGGGGCAAAUAAAUAAAGAUAAUCUGUUUAUUAGAAGUUCAAAAUCUUUAUUUCAACUCUUCUUCAACACCACGGGGCCUAGCAAGUUAUGCAGAGUAAGCAUUUCUGAUUUGUCUGAUGGGAUUUAGCAAUUAGAGAAAUGUUCUUUUUUGUGUCUUUGUGUGUGCAAGAUUGCUCAAUGUGGAGAUAUAAAUUAAUUGUUGUAGUUUUAUGUAGUAAUUUAUUUAUUUGGAUUGAUGUUUAUAUGAUACUAAUAUUGUAGAAUGUCAAAAGAUUUAUGGUUGAUUCAUUAGUAA